AUGAAUCUACUACUACGAAGAUUUAAUAGUACUUUUUCCAACGGGUCGUUGUUUUUAAAAUCAAUAGACAAAUUAUCAUUACGUGUGAAAAAUGAACAAGCUCGACAUUCUGGUGCAUUAUUAAAAUGUAUUGAUCUAUUAAUAGAGAAAUAUCAACCAUUAUUAAUUCAAAAAUUCAAUAUAAAUCCAAAUAUAUCAGAUCAAUACAAGAUACAACAAGAAAUAUGGGAUCAUUUAAAACGAAUGAGAUCAAUAUAUAAAGACAAUAAUAAAAGAUUACGUGAAAAAUCAAUGAAAAAUAAUCAAGUUUUAUAUACGAAAGAAUAUCGAGAAUUUAUUCGUGAAUUAUAUCCAAUUAAUAUUAAAUCCAAGAAGAAAAUCUUUGAUUCUGAAGUUAAAUAUUUUGAUUUUGUUAAUAAUUCAAAGAAACAUCUUAAUAUAAAUCAUGAUGAAUUAUAUAAACGAUAUUUAGAUUUACCAUCCCCGGCACCAAGAUAUAUGAAUCAUGAAGAUUUAGAGAAUUUCAUUAAUAAUUUUAUUCUUAGACGUAAACAUUAUGCAAAUCUGAAUCAAAUUGAAGGAUGUAUUAUUAAAGAGAAUUUUCAAGGUGCUAUUAAAACUAUUAAUCGACAAAAUGAAGAUCGAAAAAUUUAUAAAGAAAUGUGUAUUAAAGUGAUUAAUGAUAUUCAUAUGUCAAAUUUACCAGUUACUAGAAAUGAACAAAUUAGAUUAAUUUAUUUAUCAUAUUUUAAAGAUCGUCAAGAUAUUAUUAAAUAUAUUGAUAAAAAUAAUGAAAAAUUGAAUUAUCCUGAAUAUAAUUGGAAUGAUUAUUCAGCCAUGCUUGAACUGUUUGGUGAACGUGAUGAUAUUUUAGGAAUUUUAUUAUUUUUGGCAACUAGACAUGAUGAAUUUGAUAUAAUUAAAGAUAUAUUACCUAGAGUUGGUUUAGGUGAGUUAAUAAAUAGCAAUAAUAUCAAUUCACUGAUGAUUAAACUCAAGGAUAUUUCAUUAAAUCAUCUUUUGUUUUAUUUCACAUAUUAUAUUAUUGAUAGACCAGAGUAUGAGAUGUAUUUGACAAAUACAAUAGAUUAUAUAACUAAUAAUGUAUCCAUAAUUGAAACAGAGAUGAUUAAUGCUGUUCUUAGUUCAUUAAUUCAACUUGCUCAUAUCAAACAAGCACAAAUGUUAUUUGAAGCAGCAUUUUUCCAAGAUGUGGGAUCUUCUCAACAAGAUAUUGAUAAUUCUGAAACUAUAUUGUAUAAGAAAUUUACUUCAGAAGAUGGUCAAAUUUUCAAAGAAUGGUUAUCGAUUUUUAUAAACUUGAAAGAAAUCACUCAGGAUAAAGAUAUUAUUUAUAAACUAAUUCCAAGAGAUACUUCAUUUGUGGUAUUUAUAGAUGGUUAUUGUAAAUAUGGAGAAUUUUCUCAAGUCAAACAGAUGAUUUAUAUAAUGGAAAAUUUUGCUAAACAACCAUUAACUACAAGAAUGUAUACACGAAUUUUUACUGGAUUCAUGAAAAGAGCAGGACAAUCAGGAUGGGAGUUAGAUGAAUUUAUUGAAAUUCUUACUCGUUUGGUUAGAGAUAUAGAUGGUAAAGAAUCCACCCCUGGGUAUUUGAAUAAAUUGAUUAACGAUGGAAGUGUCGAAGUGUCUGAUCAUGGCGAACCAACAUCAUCUUCGAUGAUGAUAGGUCAACAUUCAUCAUUGGGUAUUUAUGAAAACACCAAUAUCUUACGAUUGAGUAAUUUGUUAAUGGAAACUAUGAUAAGUGGAUUAGAACUGUUGCUCCAAAGUGAAGGGAAUACCACACAUGAUGAUGCAUUAGAAAGUUUGAAAAAUUUACGAGAUAAAAGAGAAGUGAUGCUUGAAAAUCAACAUCAAAAAGCAGGGUCAGUGUAUUAUGCUGAUCGGUUGGAUUAUGUUAAUAAAGCAAUAUUAUUUGAAACAUUUUCAAUAGUAUCUCGAUUGUAA